AUUGCAAUUGGUUGAAGAGACCGUUCGAACCAGCAAGCAGAAAAGCUAUUGGUUGGCUCUGGAAGCUCGAGGAAUCCUCAUUCAUCCGCUUGGCGUUGCUUCGUGGUUUAUUGUUUCUCUCCGUUUCGAAAUAGAACAGGGAAAAGUCACCGGCGACAUGGCAGGAGGAAAGGCUGGAAAGGACAGUGGUAAAGCUAAGGCAAAGGCUGUUUCUCGCUCCCAGAGGGCUGGACUCCAGUUCCCGGUGGGUCGUAUCCACAGACACCUGAAAACCAGGACCACCAGCCAUGGCAGAGUGGGAGCCACCGCAGCCGUCUACAGCGCCGCCAUCUUGGAGUACCUCACCGCUGAAGUGUUGGAGUUGGCAGGGAACGCCUCCAAGGAUCUGAAGGUGAAGCGUAUCACUCCACGUCACUUACAGCUGGCCAUCCGCGGAGAUGAGGAAUUGGACUCGCUCAUCAAGGCUACCAUCGCUGGAGGAGGUGUGAUCCCUCACAUCCACAAGUCUCUGAUUGGAAAGAAGGGCCAACAGAAGACUGCAUAGAGGAAGUGACCUCCCACAUCACCAGGAAGGAAUGGGCAGCCAUGUUCAUUUUGUUUCUCAUAUUUUUGGGGGGGAAAUUUUGUAACCAUAGUUGUAGUCUCUCGAGGGAGAUGUGUAGUCUUUGAGGUAUGUGUUGAUUUGUACUGUUUUAAAGGGGUGUGUUUUAGGGUAGGGUUUUUUGCAGACAAGAAACUUGUGCAAUAACCACGUUUCCAUCCACAGUUUUUAUGCGAGUAAAGUCAUAAUAUAAAAAACCAAGACAGCAGUGAUGGAAACAGGAAUUUUCGGUACAAUUUUAUAAAUGCCAAUAGACAAUUUGUUCGUUUGACAUGGUGGGAUCUUUUUGUGUUGGUAAAAUGUAUGAUGUGAGAAAUGCCAGUGAAAACUCCUUUAUGCACAAAUAUUGAUAAGAAGAAACCAUGCAUUUUAUUAGGCUACAGAUUAAAUUUUAUGAUGAACUUCA